AGCACGUACCACCCUGCGCUGGAACCGUGAGGGAAGAUGGCAGGGGCGUCACGGGAAGGAUUCUGGAGUCGGGGGCUUCAUUAGUGGGCUGCACUGGAAGGGUGGGAGAACUCACCAGGCAGGCUCUGCAGGAUAUGUGGCGACACCCUCCCCCCGUACGUAGAGGGCCAUUAGCUCUUGCCCUUCCCGUCUGCAAACUUGAGUGAGAUGCCUCCCAGCUGUUGUUAAAGGAUGUUACAAGGUCAGCACGUUGCUAAAGAGUAAAGCUGUGGAUGCAGAAGGAAAAGUUUUACAUUCGAUCCUUUAUGGUUUCCACAACAGAAUGUCUCACCAUAAAACCUAUUUGUCUCUGAAACAGGUAGAACAAUGUUUAAAGCGUUUAAAUCAGAUGAACUUGAUGGGCUCCAUUCGAGAUCUGGCGGAGUUGUGUCCCAAGAAAAGUAAAUCUGAAAAUGCAGGGGAGUGCUUGGUUCCCAGCCAGCCUGUGAUAGAAGUGGUGGCGGUGAAGAUCUUGGGAGGCUGCAAGCUCUUGUUGCGCUUACUGGAGUGUUGCUGCAAAGCAUUUGUCCUGUCUGUUAAGCAUCUGUGUUUGGAAGAAUACAUCCUUUUGAACACUGUGGUUUCGGGAUUGUUGAGCAGAUUAUGGAUUCUUUAUAGGUGUGUAUUACAAAGCCUCAUUUCUUUAUAUGGGGUGUUGUCUGGGUUGCUGCAGGAGGUGUCCAGAACCCAGCAGAUGCCUUAUAUUAAGGGGUUUACCUUCCCUUCUGAAAUCACGGAGUUUCUGGGACCCCUUUAUUUGGAGAUUAAAAAAAGACCUAAAGUACUUGCAACAAAAAAGGCAACUGGAUGGCUGAACAAACUGUUUGCAGGGCCUGCAGUAGCAUCCAGGUGCAGUAAAGAGAGAGGCCUGGCAGCUCCCACAAGGUGCAGCAAGAUGACCAACAUCCAGCGCCCUAUUGACAUUGGGAAGCCGGUUCUGGUGAAGAGAGCGAACAGAGGAAAGCAGUUGGGAUUUGACAUCAAGACCUUAUGUAGGCAACUUAAACCCAGAGUCCAAGAGGAAGUAGACUUCAGGCUAACGCUUUCUGAAGCAAAAGCAGUGAGAUCCCAGCAUGCCAAAUCCCUUGUGUUGCGGUUUAGAGAAGCCUGCUCUUUUGGAGAACUGUCUGAAGCACUCAAAACGGCCAUUCUCUACUGCAAAAGCAAAAAGCUCAAGUCAGAAGCUUUCUUUCUGGGAACCAAACUUUUGAAAAGCAAACGGCUGCACCAUGUGGAGGCUCAGGGCUGCAGCUUACAGAAAAAACUGGGCUGUGUUAAAGCAUCUAUCUGCAAAUACCUUCUCUCUGGCUUGCAAAAGGCACAUUGGCCAAAGCAGUACCACAGAGCAAGUUCCUGGCAGCAAAGGAAGAUCAAACUGUCCAGAAGGUCAAAAUCUGUCUCAAAGAAGACUCCAGAGUUUGUUCAACAAAGCACUUCCAGCCUUUUUGAAGACAGUAUGCCUGGUGCUGCAUCCCUCUAUCCUUCUUGGCAGUGUGAGCAUUCACUUCACCUAAGAAAAGCAGGAGACUGUACUGCUACCAAGCAUAUUGGAGAACAAGACAAAGUGGGGACCUCUGAACCUGUGGCAUUAGAAAGAAACCCUGGGCCUACAGUGAAAGGGACUAGUGAGAACGAUGAUAUUGAUGACAUUUUUGCAGCAAUGGGUGUAUAACACUAGUGCGAUGAUGUGGGGGUGAGUCACUGUAGUACAGAGGUCCCCAAACUGUGGGGCGCACACCCCCCAAGGGUGGGUUUGGAGGAACAUUUGGGGGGGCACAGUGGGGCCCAAGCCAGCCCCCAUGGGGAGUGAGGAAAAGAGCGCCACCCAACCCCGCUCCAAUCCCUCUGCUCUGGCCCCAUGCGCAGCCUUGGCUCUGCACCUGUCCCACUCCAAGCCUUGGGCCCGCCCCAAACCUUGGCCCCUGUCUAUAGCUCUGUUCCCAACCUUGGCUGGAGACCCGCACCCAGCUGCAACCCCAUUACCUGUGUCUGUCUCUCCACCCACCCCGGGAGCUACAGCCUUGCUCCUGGCCAAGGGGAGGAGGGGUGCACAGAGGGGUGUAAGGCAGGGCACAACUGUGAAAAGUUUGGGGACCACUGCUGUAGAAUGCCACAAUCUAGCUUUUUAUAACUGCCUAAAGAAAACUAUUAGAAACAUUGUUAAAGUGUUAGUCUCUGUAAUCCACAUACUUAAUUUCCCCACAAUAAUUGGGGGCUAGUGAGGCUGCACUACAGAGAAGAUAGUGGUCCUACUAAAUGUUUCUUUGUAAAAUGUUAUUUUAGAGGAGAUAUCUCAGAUGAACAGUUCAAUAAAUUGUCAUGGGUGAGAAGGUC